UAAACAGCUUACAGAAUUAUUAGAACCGACAUAUAAAUGUGAAAUGUAUAAAAUUUGUGACACUAAUAAAAAAGAAUUAGUGUGCAAGUGUUUGGUAAUAGUUUUAUGUAAAUUUUAGGCAAUAACACAAAUUUGUGCUAAUGUACUGUGCAAAGUUUCAUAAAAUAUUAUCAACAGUAUAAAAAAGAAAUAUGGCCUCAAUAGUUGAAGACGCAUUUAAAGAUUUAAAAUUAUGUAUACAGACAAAACAGGGCACAAAAGCAAAAUUGUGCAUCUCAAAUAUAUUAAGAUUUUUUAAAGCAGAAGUUACUUCAUAUAAAAUAGAUUUUGCCUUGUCCAUUAUAUUUAAUGAAGACGAUGGCAUUAUACCAUUAAUCAAACAACAUAUAUCUGAAGCUUAUUUGCAAGAAAGUAUAAAGUUGUCAUUAGAUCUACUUCUUUUGUUGAUUUCAAUGAAAACUUUAUAUACUGUUAAGAUGGUAAAAGAAAAAUCUAUUGCUCUUCAAAUAUUGGUUGCUAUUGUGAAUAAUAAGGAAAUAGUGGAUUUAUUGGAUAUUAAUUAUGUUAUUGCACAAGUAGUCCAUCAUUUGGAAUAUGGAAAGUUAUCUAGUUUAGUGUAUGAACAAUUAUUUCCUUUACUUGGUAUAUUGGCCAGAGAUUUUCCAUGUGAAAUGCGAGAUCAUGUUUUUAGAGUCCAGGUGCUACUUUAUUCACAAUUUGAAACGCAAACAAAAAAUCUUGUAAAUACCAAAUUACGUAUAAUUCAUGGCAUAUUAACAGCUUUUGAAAAUAUGUUUUGCACAUUUGCACCAGACCCUGAAAUAGAUACAGAAGAAUGUUUGAGAUUAUAUAAUAUGAUAAAAACUAUGUCAUAUCCCGGUGAUGUAAAAUUUCGACCGGCUUUUAGAGCUGCUUUGAGCCUUUUAACAAAGCAUGGUAACUUGGUAUCAGAGCACCUAUACAAAGAUUGUUUGUGGUUUUCCAAUUUCAUUGAUCUAGCAGCGGCUUGA